AUGAAGAGUUUACUACUUCUCUUACUCAUCAUUUUCUCGUCUCUUUUAUCAUUUUCCUCAGCCGAGCAAUGUGGUCGACAAGCUGAAGGUGCUCUCUGCCCCAACGGUCUAUGCUGCAGUGCGUUCGGAUUCUGCGGUACCACCGAACCUUACUGUGCGCUACCUGGCUGUCAAAGCCAGUGCACUCCCGAUGCUACUCCCUCUCCCUCUCCUCCUCCACCUUCUCCUCCCCCUCCUUCUCCUUCUCCUCCUCCACCUUCGCCUCUCCCUCCUUCUCCUUCUCAUCCUCCUCCUCCUCCUGAUCCCACCGGCGGUCUUACUGAUAUCAUUACAAGAUCUCAGUUCGAUGAAAUGCUUAACCAUAAGAACGAGGGUGAUUGUCCCGGUAGAGGCUUUUACACUUACGAUGCCUUUAUUGCCGCCGCUAAAAUUUUCCACAACUUCGGAAUGGUCGGAGACACUUCUUCAAGAAAGAGAGAGCUCGCCGCCUUCUUUGGUCAGACUUACUACCAAUCCGGCGGUUACUGUUACAAGGAAGAGGUGAAUCCUCCAUCAGACUACUGUUUCCCGCAAAAGGGGUGGCCAUGCGCACCUGGCAAACGCUACUACGGAAGAGGACCUAUGAUGCUGACGGGGAACCACAACUACGGAAUGUAUGGACUAGCCAUUGGAGCCGACUUACUCAACAACCCUGACCUCGUCUCUAGCGACCCAGUGAUCGCUUUCAGAGUCGCGAUUUUGUUCUGGAUGAAACCUUCUGCCCCUGCGAAACCGCGGAGCCACGACGUGAUAAACGGUUUAUGGUAUCCUUCAAAGGCAGACAUUGCGGCCCAGAGAUUUCCGGGUUACGGUGUGAUUACGAAUAUCAUUAACGGUGGAAAAGAGUGUGGACAUGGCCCGGACAAAAGAAAUGCAGAUAGGAUUGAGUCUUAUGUGAGGUGCUGUUAUAUCUUAGGAGCCACUCCCGGACCUAACAUUGAUUGUUCCAGACAGAGGCCCUUUGAUUCUGCUAAUUUCCUCAAAGCUGCUAUUUAA